UCCUUUCAACCUUCAUAGCAAACAGGACGGUCUUGUUUUUUUUUUUAAUCGCUCGGGAAUAAUGUUGACUUCCCCGAGUGUUGAUGGUCUCCACUGAUAUAAAUCCGGAGGCAGCUGAACAGACGCCCCGUUGACAUCCAAGUUUAGGAUUGCAGCAGGAGACCAAACGAUCAUCAGCUUCCGGCACACUCUUUAUCCAGAUAGGAAUGUCUAGCGGCAGGAAACGUCCCCAGUGCCACCAGUGUGGGACGAUGAUGCAAGGUCAUACACGGAAAGGAAGAGGCAAAUUCAUAUGCCCUGAUUCUUCUACUUCCACCACUGGCAUGGACAAGGAUCGCGCUGCGUCUGAGGUUAGUGUCGCCGAAUCGCUGUCGACCCGGAGCCAUUUAGGUUCCACUCCACUCCCCUCUCCUCCCGUGUCUCCGUCCCCUUCCCCAAGUCCGGUCCCCCCUCCUGCUUAUACACCGACGUUCAAGCCUCCCCCUGGGGACAGCUGGCAUUGGAAAAAUCCUAACUGGAAGUCUCCGCCGCCCGAUCUUCCGUUCAGUGGCCUCGCCGGGUUAGAAAGGGCUUCCCUCACGCCAACUGAGCUCAACUCCGAAUACCAAGCCAGCAUUCAGGGAGGUCGUUUCGCCGGCAGCGUUACUCUCCAAGAGAUUAAGGAAGAGCUCACUGACGACCGCGAGGACCUAGGGGGCGUUGGGAAUAACAAUGACGACGACUUGGGAUCCACGCAGAGUGAAUAUUCCGGCGAGUUCACCCCCAUGCCUACGGAUACACCUCGUUCCUGGAGCCCGUGGUCGCAAUCUGAUUCCAGUGACAACCUCUCUGGCGUUCUUCGUGCCAGUACUCCCCUGUUCAAAGUUUUCCGCACUCGCCGCGGGGACAUAUCCGAAGUAGCGCGUGCCGCCGAGGAGGAAGGCAAACACGUGUGCAUCAUCGAUGCCCCGCCUAGCUACCCGGGUACUGCCAAGCUUCCACGGGAGAAAGCAAAUGGCACGGUGUGGGUCCUCGUUAGUGACCGUGAGGACGACCUCAGGUAUGCUCUCGAUUGCCAGCAACGAGGCAUGCCAGGGACCCUGGUUUUCGACGAGCAAAUGGCCAAGCGGAAUGGGAUUUUCGAAGUUAUGAUUGCUAGUCUCGUGGGCGGCCUCGUUGUCGCUCUCGGAUUCAAAUACCUGUAGCGAUUCAGACAAGCAUUCACAUGAAGCACUCGUUCAGCGGGAUGUGCGUUACGGACAUUGUUUGUAAAAUCUAUGCUCGAUUAUGGCCCCUAUGCAUCUCACAUGUAUUUACCACAUCUUAUGCAAACUAUGCCUGUUCUUUCGUUAAGCGAUACACUACAUCCAACAAGC